CCAAGUCACUCCUCAGACUUAACCACCCUCUUUUCAGUUUCUCUAUACCAUUCUUUAUAUAAAUACACCACUCUUGAAGUUGAAGGUCACACAUUCCUUCAAAACAUGGAUUGGUUCUCCUGGCUUUCCAAAACAGGCCUUGAGCCAACCCUAGUGUAUGAGUAUGGCCUUACUUUUGCUCACAAUGAGCUUGAAGAAGAAGACAUAAUCUACUUCAACCAUGAGUUUCUCAUGAGCAUGGGCCUCUCCAUAGCCAAACAUAGGCUAGAGAUUCUCAAGCUUGCAAGGAAAGUGAAGGGAAAGAGGGCACCGGCACGCCCUGUGGCAAGGCUCAUGGUGGCUAUCAAGAGGACAAAGAGGUGCUUAGCCAAUUACAUUCGCACGUUCAUCAGCUGUGAAGAAGAGUCAUCAGCACUUGUUGUGGUGCCGUCAUCAUCAAGGACAAGGCCUUAUUAUGGUACAAGAUGGAAGAGUCAUGUGAUGAAGAGGAACAAAAAGAUGGUGGUGGCUAAGCAAGAGAGGCUCUUGCUCACAAAUGGAAGCCCUAAUACUGUGGUGCAUGGUCUUGAUGCUUUUACUAGUCCUAUGGUUUAUCAUUUCCAAAAGGAUGAAAAAAUGGAAGGAUAUGAUGAUGAUGGAUACUGGUCCUCAGCUGCUACUGAAGAAAUCAGAAGAAGGGAAAAAGAUGGAGGUGCCCCACACCCUACGCAUGUGUAACAAGAUGAUGUUCAUUUCUUACUCAAAGUGGUGACCUUAUAUUCUGACUUCUGAAAUGGUGGCAUUAAUUCAGUAACACAGCCAAGCUCUUCACUGUUUAGAAACACCAUGACCUGAACCGUGAGGACCCCAUUUUUGUUCGUGUAAUUAUUAUUAGUCUAGCAUGUAUUCCAUAUAAUGGUUAUUUUUUUUAUUUUUCUUUUUUUUAACAACUCGGCAAUCUCACGGGCUUAGCAAUUACAAUGAAUGUCUGCUCAAGCAAACAGAAGUAACUGCUAAAUUUUAUUCAACUAAUCACAAGCCUUCCGGA